UCGUAUGUUUCUCUGCUGCAGAACCCUGAACUCUCCGUGGAUAAACGCAGCGCUGAUAACUUGAGCUACAUCACCUACGUGGGAUCAGCUCUGUCCGUCUUCUUCACCACCAUCAGUCUGAUCGUUUACAUUUGUCAGCAGCGCCGGCGCCCUGAGAAGGCCAUCAGUGUGCACAUGCAGCUAACGGGAGCGCUGCUCUGCCUCCACCUCAGCUUCCUGCUGUGCUGCUUCUGGGUGUUGCAGCUGAAGGGCGAGGAGAAGGAGGAGGGCUGGGUCUGUGGUGGUCUGGGUUUGUUUUUACACUGGUCCCUGCUGGCCACCUUCACCUGGACCGCUCUGGAAGGAUUCCACCUGUACCUCCUGCUGGUCCGAGUGUUUAACAUCUACGUCAGGAGAUACCUGCUCAAACUCAGCGUGGUGGGAUGGGGACUUCCUACACUGACUGCAGUGGUUUGUGGGAUUUCCGGCGUCUAUGGUAAAUACAGACUGGAGCUGACGGAUGAAAACAAUCAUAAUUCAACAGCAGCCAUAUGCUGGAUUAGCAGUGAUUUCAAGCAGCGGCUUGUGGUCAGCUACAUCACCACCGUGGCCCUCCCGUGUCUGGUGAUCCUGUGUAACUCCUGCAUGCUGGGGCUGGUGGUGUUCAAGAUGUGGGGCCUGAGGAGGGGCCUGAGGCGGGGCGGUGAGAGGCAGAAGAUGGACAGAGAGAAGGGCUCCAGGUUGUGGAAGGACUGUGCCACGGUGCUCGGGCUCAGCUGGGUGCUGGGUCUACCGUGGGGGUUAGCGAGCACCACCUACGUCUCCCUGCCGGGGAUCUACGUGUUCACCAUACUCAACUCCCUGCAGGGUUUUUUUGUGUUCCUGUGGUCUCUGACUUUCUGUACGUCUGCAGCCAGCCUCUAGUGGACACUCGAGGAA